AUGGCUUCACAUUGGACAAUACCAAAGCUUGUCACUUGGAGAGUCAAAGAUUGGGCUUCCUGUUUCUUGGCUUCCAAGAUUUCUCUAGAUGUAGAUGAAGAUGGAGUUAAAAAUGACGGGAACUCUAGCAACUACAAUAAUCUAAUGUUCAAGAGGACAAAGAAGAAGAUGAAGAGUAAGAAGAAGAGAUCAGAGAGGAAACUCAGCAGCAGCGUUUCUCCGACGUUAACGUCUAAGCCACCGGUUUUAGACGAAGCUGGCUUCAUUGACUUAUGCUUCCACCGCGAAGACGGAGGUUUCGAUGUUGUGAAAGAUGAGAAGAAAGAGGUGGAAUUGUCGCCGGAAAAGUCACUGGUGAAUCAUAAGCUUAUUUAUGGAGAUCAAGGCAUAGGAAAUACAAAUAAGAAAAACUCGCUGAAGAUUAAAGGGCCAGAACAAGAUCCGGACGAUAAGACUACAUGCCAAGAAACUGAAGAUGUCUCUUGUGAUGCUCAUGAGAAGAACGAGGAGGAAGAAGAAGAAGAGAUGGGCGCCUUUGACGAAUCAAGCGAGUCUAAUCACUCAGAUGAAGCAAGAGGAUCUUUUGCAUUUCCCAUAUUGGGGGUUGAGUGGAUAGGGAGCCCUGUUCACAUGCCUAAAUCAGAUGACUUGUCUCCCAAGAAACAAAAGCCCAUUGAUUUCGGGUUCGAAUGCUGUAGGUUCUGA